AAGGGUCGUCAAUUCUGGCCAGUGCCAAUCCUAGGUGAUAUGAGAAAUUCCACUGGAGCUGGAACACAGUAUCUAUUCCCCGAUGUCUACUAGAGAUGCAGCUUCUUCACGACUUGUGAUCAUUUUCGGAGCUUUAUAUUUACCUUCGCAGACUGAUCAAUGUGUCUGCUAAAAAUGGAAAGGCAAAUAUAAAAAUGGUUCCUGGAAUGCUGGAGGGCUGGAGCCUGUUGAAGAAGGGGACCCAGAAGAGUGCUGAUCGCAUGUCGCUGCAGAGGAGGGACGGAGCUCUCCUUCUGUGUGGCGGGAAUCGGCGCCAUUUUGAGAAGACCCUGCGGCUGGAUGAAAGAACGCCGUCAUUUUCUGAGGCUGCGCUCCCUUCUUCUUCCCUCUCGUCAUCAUCAGCGAUGCAGGUUAAAGAAUUGUGUAGCAAUGAAUGGGAUCCAAAUCGCAUCAUGGAAUAGCACUAGCAACGUAUCAAAUACAUCAUGGCAUAUGAGAAAUGAAUAUCAUCUCAUUAAUACUGCUGAAACUGUUAUUCUCCCUUCCUUUAUUGGAAUCAUCUGUUCUACUGGAUUAGUGGGAAAUAUCUUAGUAUUGGUCACUAUUAUAAGAUCUAGAAGAAAAACAAUACCUGACAUCUACAUCUGUAAUCUGGCUGUGGCAGAUCUUGUUCACAUCAUUGGAAUGCCAUUUCUAAUUCAUCAGUGGGCUCGAGGAGGAGAAUGGGUGUUCGGAAGUCCUCUUUGUACUAUAAUUACAUCUUUGGAUACCUGCAACCAAUUUGCCUGCACCGCCAUUAUGACGGCAAUGAGCUUAGAUAGAUAUAUGGCUCUUGUCCAGCCUUUUCGUCUUACAAGUUUGAGGACAAUUUCAAAAACGAUCCGUGUUAACAUACUUCUGUGGGCAGCAUCUUUUGUAGUUGUGUUUCCUGUCUGGGUCUAUUCCAAGGUUAUUCAGUUCAAAGAUGGGUUGGAAAGUUGUGCGUUUGAUCUUACAACACCAAGUGAUGUUCUCUGGUACACGCUGUACUUGACAAUCACAACAUUCUUCUUCCCCUUACCACUAAUAGUAGCCUGCUACAUAUUAAUUUUGUGUUACACCUGGGAGAUGUAUCAUCAGAAUAAGACAGCAGGGCGCUACAACAACAGCUUACCCAGACAAAGAGUCCUACGACUGACCAAGAUGGUGCUCGUACUGGUGGGAGUUUUCAUUGUCAGCGCAGCACCCUACCAUGUUAUUCAGAUUGUAAACCUUCAGAUCUCUCAGCCCACAAUCAUUUUUUAUGUGAGCUACUAUUGCUCGAUCUGCCUCAGCUAUGCCAGCAGUGGUAUUAAUCCUUUUUUGUAUGUACUUCUUAGUGGAAACUUCCGAAAAAGACUUUCUGAAUGCACAAAAACGAAAAUGAAAAUCUCAGAACGGGAGCUGAACAAUUUUGAUAAUACUUUGAAAUCAAGCUUUUAGGUGUUAUUAUUGAAGUACAUUGUAUUGAAUGUAUUUAUUAUUAUAUUAUUUGUUAAAGGACAUGUCCAACCAAAAUGACAAUUUAC